AUGACCCCUACAGCUUUUCUUGGAUUAUGCGAUAUGUUAGUUAGAGAGGGUGGUCUUAGGCCAACUUUAUGUGCAUCAGUCGAGGAGCAAGUUGCCAAGACACUUUAUUUAUUAGGACACAAUGUCUCCCACCGUGAGCUAGCUUUUUUCUUCCGCCGUUCUCGUGAAACAAUUUUUCGGCAUUUCCAUAAUGUCUUACAAGCUAUCGUGGAAUUAGAGGAUAAAUUUCUAAUACAACCUGAUAGCUCACACAUCCCUUCGGAAAUAUUCAACACCAAUAGAUUCUAUCCAUAUUUCAAGGAUUGUGUCGGUGCCAUUGAUGGAACACACAUACGUGUAAAAGUUUCUAGUGUCGACGCCCCUAGGUAUCGUGGAAGAAAAGAAUAUCCAACACAAAAUGUAUUGGCCGCAUGCACAUUUGAUUUAAAAUCUACUUAUGUGUUACCUGGGUGGGAAGGCACAACGUCUGAUUCACGAAUUAUGAAAAAUGCAUUAACUAGGGCCGUUCCUCUUACAAUCCCGGAAGGUAAAUAUUACCUUGUUGAUGCUGGGUUUAUGUUGAGGAGUGGGCUUAUUACACCUUAUAGAGGGGAGAGGUAUCACUUGAAGGAAUAUUCAAGAAAUCCACCACGGAAUGCACGUGAAUUGUUCAAUCUCCGCCAUGCAUCUUUAAGGAAUGCUAUUGAACGAGCAUUUGGCAUUGUCAAGAAACGUUUCCCUAUAAUAGGAAGCUCGACUGAGCCCCAUUAUGGGUUAGAAACACAAAAGGAGAUUAUUUUUGCUUGUUUUAUUUUACAUAAUUACUUAAUGGGUGUAGACCCAAAUGAUGCAAUACUCGCACAAGUUGAUAAUGAACUUGAGCAUGAACCACAUGAAGAAAAUCAUCAUCGUGCGGAAAAUAAUGAAGAAACCCAUGAAGGAGAGAUUAUUAGGGAUGCUAUAGCGGCCGAUAUGUGGGAUACUUAUGUUGAGUGA